AUGACACAAAAUUUAUCAUCAUCAUCAUCAUCAUCAUCAUCAUCAUCAUCAUCAUCAUCAUCAUCAUCAUCAUCAUCAUCAUCAUCAUCAUCAUCAUCAUCAUCAUCAUCAUCAUCAUCAUCAUCAUCAUCAUCAUCAUCAUCAUCAUCAUCAUCAUCAUCAUCAUCAUCAUCAUCAUCAUCAUCAUCAUCAUCAUCAUCAUCAUCAUCAUCAUCAUCAUCAUCAUCAUCAUCAUCAUCAUCAUCAUCAUCAUCAUCAUCAUCAUCAUCAUCAUCAUCAUCAUCAUCAUCAUCAUCAUCAUCAUCAUCAUCAUCAUCAUCAUCAUCAUCAUCAUCAUCAUCAUCAUCAUCAUCAUCAUCAUCAUCAUCAUCAUCAUCAUCAUCAUCAUCAUCAUCAUCAUCAUCAUCAUCAUCAUCAUCAUCAUCAUCAUCAUCAUCAUCAUCAUCAUCAUCAUCAUCAUCAUCAUCAUCAUCAUCAUCAUCAUCAUCAUCAUCAUCAUCAUCAUCAUCAUCAUCAUCAUCAUCAUCAUCAUCAUCAUCAUCAUCAUCAUCAUCAUCAUCAUCAUCAUCAUCAUCAUCAUCAUCAUCAUCAUCAUCAUCAUCAUCAUCAUCAUCAUCAUCAUCAUCAUCAUCAUCAUCAUCAUCAUCAUCAUCAUCAUCAUCAUCAUCAUCAUCAUCAUCAUCAUCAUCAUCAUCAUCAUCAUCAUCAUCAUCAUCAUCAUCAUCAUCAUCAUCAUCAUCAUCAUCAUCAUCAUCAUCAUCAUCAUCAUCAUCAUCAUCAUCAUCAUCAUCAUCAUCAUCAUCAUCAUCAUCAUCAUCAUCAUCAUCAUCAUCAUCAUCAUCAUCAUCAUCAUCAUCAUCAUCAUCAUCAUCAUCAUCAUCAUCAUCAUCAUCAUCAUCAUCAUCAUCAUCAUCAUCAUCAUCAUCAUCAUCAUCAUCAUCAUCAUCAUCAUCAUCAUCAUCAUCAUCAUCAUCAUCAUCAUCAUCAUCAUCAUCAUCAUCAUCAUCAUCAUCAUCAUCAUCAUCAUCAUCAUCAUCAUCAUCAUCAUCAUCAUCAUCAUCAUCAUCAUCAUCAUCAUCAUCAUCAUCAUCAUCAUCAUCAUCAUCAUCAUCAUCAUCAUCAUCAUCAUCAUCAUCAUCAUCAUCAUCAUCAUCAUCAUCAUCAUCAUCAUCAUCAUCAUCAUCAUCAUCAUCAUCAUCAUCAUCAUCAUCAUCAUCAUCAUCAUCAUCAUCAUCAUCAUCAUCAUCAUCAUCAUCAUCAUCAUCAUCAUCAUCAUCAUCAUCAUCAUCAUCAUCAUCAUCAUCAUCAUCAUCAUCAUCAUCAUCAUCAUCAUCAUCAUCAUCAUCAUCAUCAUCAUCAUCAUCAUCAUCAUCAUCAUCAUCAUCAUCAUCAUCAUCAUCAUCAUCAUCAUCAUCAUCAUCAUCAUCAUCAUCAUCAUCAUCAUCAUCAUCAUCAUCAUCAUCAUCAUCAUCAUCAUCAUCAUCAUCAUCAUCAUCAUCAUCAUCAUCAUCAUCAUCAUCAUCAUCAUCAUCAUCAUCAUCAUCAUCAUCAUCAUCAUCAUCAUCAUCAUCAUCAUCAUCAUCAUCAUCAUCAUCAUCAUCAUCAUCAUCAUCAUCAUCAUCAUCAUCAUCAUCAUCAUCAUCAUCAUCAUCAUCAUCAUCAUCAUCAUCAUCAUCAUCAUCAUCAUCAUCAUCAUCAUCAUCAUCAUCAUCAUCAUCAUCAUCAUCAUCAUCAUCAUCAUCAUCAUCAUCAUCAUCAUCAUCAUCAUCAUCAUCAUCAUCAUCAUCAUCAUCAUCAUCAUCAUCAUCAUCAUCAUCAUCAUCAUCAUCAUCAUCAUCAUCAUCAUCAUCAUCAUCAUCAUCAUCAUCAUCAUCAUCAUCAUCAUCAUCAUCAUCAUCAUCAUCAUCAUCAUCAUCAUCAUCAUCAUCAUCAUCAUCAUCAUCAUCAUCAUCAUCAUCAUCAUCAUCAUCAUCAUCAUCAUCAUCAUCAUCAUCAUCAUCAUCAUCAUCAUCAUCAUCAUCAUCAUCAUCAUCAUCAUCAUCAUCAUCAUCAUCAUCAUCAUCAUCAUCAUCAUCAUCAUCAUCAUCAUCAUCAUCAUCAUCAUCAUCAUCAUCAUCAUCAUCAUCAUCAUCAUCAUCAUCAUCAUCAUCAUCAGCAGCAGCAGCAGCAGCAGCAGCAGCAGCAGCAACAGCAGCAACAGCAGCAGCAACAGCAGCAGCAGCAGCAACAGCGGCAUCUAUAUAG